CUCGCACAGACCUAAUGUGAAAAAGUAGAAGAAGCAUUUGUUUUUAUUCAUAUUUCCACUGAAGAUUGCAGUAAAAGAUAUUAUAGUAUUAAUUAUUCUUAAUUACUAAAAUGACUACGGACGUUAGAGAUAUACUGGACAUUGAACGUCCCAAUACGCCAGAAAUUACCAGGGACUCGUUUUUAGCUACCAAAAAAAGGAACUUUGAAAAGGCUAAGGCUAACUCCAAACGCCCUGAGGGUAUGAAUCGUGAGGUAUUUGCAUUACUGUAUAAUGACAACAAAGAUGCACCGCCUUUAUUGCCCACUGACACAGCCCUAGGCAUAGGGUCGGGCUACAAACAAGUCAAAGCCCGACUGGGCAUGAAGAAGGUAAGAAAAUGGGAGUGGGCCCCAUUUUCGAAUCCUGCUCGUAACGAUGGCGCUGUCUUUCACCAUUGGAAACGUAUCAGCGAUGAGAGCAAAGACACCCCUUACCCCUUUGCGAAGUUUAAUAAACAGCUUGAAAUACCCCAGUACACUGUAGCGGAAUAUAAUGCCCACCUGCAAACAAAUACACAGAAGUGGACAAAGGAGCAGACAGAUCAUUUAUUUGAUCUGGCUAAAAGGUUCGACUUGAGAUUUAUUAUUAUGGCAGAUCGUUGGGAUCGUUCUCAAUAUGGCAUAAAAUCUGUGGAAGAUCUCAAAGAACGUUACUAUGAAAUAAUUGGUAUUCUUUCCAAGGCAAAGCCAGGCCAAUCAUCUGGAGGUUGCGCAAACGUCUAUGAUAGAAAACCUUUUGCCUUUGACAUCGAACACGAACGUCGACGCAAGGAUCAACUUAAGAAACUUUUUGAACGCACCAGUCAACAGGUGAAGGAAGAACAGAAUUUGCUUAACGAAUUGCGUAAAAUAGAAGCUCGCAAAAAAGAGCGCGAACGCAAGACACAGGAUUUACAAAAGCUUAUAUCGCAAGCCGAUCAGCAAGGAGAUGCAACAACCAAUGCACAGAAUGCUCGAAAAUAUGAAAAGAAAUUACACAAAAAGAAGCUGCAUCAUCAGCCCAGGCCCUCGAAGGUGGAUUCUGUGGUGAAUGCAAUUGAAAUUGGCACCAGCGGCAUUAAAUUUGCCGAUUUACGUGGUUCAGGUGUUUCAUUGAGAUCACAAAAAAUGAAAUUACCCGCCAAUAUAGGGCAGCGAAAGGUUAAAGCCUUAGAGCAAGCCAUACAAGAAUUUAAAGUGGAUCCCACGCCUCCACCUUCUGAGGAUAUUUGUAAUUCCUUUAAUGAAUUGCGAUCGGAUAUGGUUUUGUUGUGUGAACUACGGACUGCUCUGGCAACAUGCGUCUAUGAAAUGGAAAGUCUCAAACAUCAAUACGAGGCCGCUUGUCCUGGAAAGACGCUUAAUAUACCCUCAUCAUUAAUUCCAUCGACUUUGCAAAUAAAAUCGGAGUCUUCAGACACUGUAACAGGUGUCAAUGCCACUUCCUGAAUUCAAUUUAUUAAAAUUUAAUGGACCAAAACAUUUA